UUUAAAUCUAACCAGGAAUCCUGCCUGUUAUUCUUAGGUGUAGAGGCCAGGAUUGUUUGCUUGUUUGGUGUAGUGUCCAUUGAUUACCACACUAUAGACACUUCAGUUAAUCAGUGGUGAUGGCUUUUGGAUAUAUUUUGGGGCGCCUCCUCCUUCUGGGUGCAGUAACUUGCGCUUUACGUGCCCCUUCAUUGCAGCAGUCUCCUGAACUGCCACAGAUCCCCGUUGUAGUUGAGUGCAAGGACCGCCACCUGUUAAUCUCAGUAAAUCUCCCAACCUCUGGCAGUGAACCGCGUUUUGAGGCAUUUGAUAGCGGAGGUUCGCAUCCUAUCACGCAGUACUAUGGGGCACAGUGUGGUUACACUUACUCUGUUCAACCUCUGGUUGGCUUUGCUGUUUUGAGAGCUUCAUACUUCUCCUGUCACACAGAAAACCAGAAUGAUGAGGCCUUUGCAUUCAAGUUCAGGGUGAUUAUUGCAGAUCAGAAUGGGAAAGAGUCCUUUGUCAACGUCUCCAAGACUUGUUCUGCUCCACCUUCCUUUCCAAGAGAGGUUACUUGUGAGGAGAACUAUAUGGAGGUGUCUGUUGAAAGUGGUCUACCUUGCCUCAACCCUAGUGCUGUUAAAACUGACUUUACUGAAGCCUUCUCUGUGGCUCAGCGCUCUGCAGUUGAGGCCCUGCAAGUUAUGCUGCAAGCAGAGAACCAACAGCCUGAAGUCUUGUCAGUAGGAGAUGCUGCUAACCAGGGCUACUAUAUAAUGCUUACCCCAGGCAGGAUUGUUUUCCGGUCAUCUUUUGGACAACCUCAUGCUUCCAUCAAAACGGUCAAUGGUGUUGCGGUUGAAGUGGUCAAGGCCACAGUGUUUUUCAGACAGAGCUGGAUGGUUGUCAUGGUGGACCUGGUUGCUGCCUGCUCACUGGACGGAGGAUCUUUUGAUGGCUACAGACUUCACUGGAGGACUCCUGCAGUGUUGACUCCCCUGGUUGUUGGACCAACUGAAUUAAGGACUGAGUACAUAGGCAUGGGGGUUGAUGGCCAACUCUUAGAUGAACAGGUAGCAACAGAACGAGGUUAUGCUGUGACAGUCAGUGAUGACACCGUAGACAGCAGUAUACCCUAUGGUGCGGAGGGAGGAGUGCGGAAGAGUUUUGUGAUGGACAAUGUAUAUAACGAGUUGUACUUAGUCCAGCUUGCCUACGAGCAAGCAUUUGUUGACCAAAGUGGUGUGAAGACCAGGCAAAAUGUGGUUCGGCAAAUGGCUACUCCCCCUAUGGCUCUUCCUCUCUUUUCAGUCAACCAAACCGUACCUGACGAACGAAUCUUCACAGUAUAUCUUGGUAACAUCCCUCCUGAUGUGGAAUUGGUGUCUGUAACUCUAAAUGGCCAGGAUUUUUCCGUGCUAACUGCCAUGCAGAUGGGUUUUUCCAUGACCAGAAUCUCUCAGGACAAUAACACAUUUGCAUACAUCCUUAGGGUGCCAUUUGAUGACUCUAUUGUGAAAAAGCAGUACAUUGCUGAGGGACUCUUUGAAUACUCAUUGGAAAUUAAAUGGACUUUAAAUAUCAUGCCUCAAGGGGAUGCCUAUUACCAUCUUUCCUCUGUGAUGGCUUUGGUCCUUGACGUCCCGCCUCCAGUAUUUGACAGCAUGUGUGCUGAAAAUGGCAUAAGCUUUAGGAAGGAGCAUCAUGGGUAUGACUACCUGUGGGACUUUGCCGUUGGACCGUAUCCUCUGACCCAACAGCUGGCAUCUGAGCGGGGUUACAUUAUGAACAAUGACAGCCAGACCCUCAUCCUGAAUGUGCCUCUGUUCACAAUUGGAUACGUCUAUGAGGGUAUUACACUGGAGCAGUUCUAUGGCACUUUUGAAGUGCUUACCAGAAAUGCCAAGACGUUUGCGAUUGAGCAGUCCUCAGCCAAUCGCUGUCUAUUUCAGACCACUGAGCUCUUGGUGUGCUCCCCUGAGGGUGCUUUGACUGUGGUGAGUGACAUCACUAAAGCAGUCCCUUCUGCUGACCCUGCCCGGACCACACUAUUGGACACAAGCUGCAGACCCAUAGAGUUUGAUGACACACGAGUUCUGUUCUCUUUUGGACUUAACACCUGUGGAACUAGAGUUCAGAUUGGUCAGGAGUAUGUCACUUAUGAAAAUGAGAUCAUAUUUCAUGAGGUUUAUUCCACUGACAGUAAGCCAGUCAUUACCAGAGAUGCUGCAUACAGGAUGACCAUAAGGUGCAUUUACCCAGUGCGUAGCACUGAAAGCCUGUUUGUGGACUGGAAGUUGAAAGCUGAGACACCUGGGAUUGGUCAAAUCAAAGACCCUGUGAAAGUUCCUCCCCAAAUGCAAAAUGCAUUGUCAUUCCAAUCCACUGUGAAAAAGCCCUCUGUUCAAAGAGCAAACCUGGUAGAAGAAACUUCUGCGCAAAUGAUUAAGACCCCUGUGCAGGCCAUGCCUCCUAAGACCCCUGUGCAGGCCAUGCCUCCUAAGACCCCUGUGCAGGCCAUGCCUCCUAAGACCCCUGUGCAGGCCAUGCCUCCUAAGACCCCUGUGCAGGCCAUGCCUCCUAAGACCCCUGUGCAGGCCAUGCCUCCUAAGAAACCAGCGCAGGCCAUGGCUCCCAAGAAACCAGCGCAGGCCACGGCUCCCAAGAAACCAGCUGAUUUUGUGCGUGUGGUGAAGUGGAGCGUUCCUGUGAAUGCACCCGAGCUUCUUGGUCGAACUAGGACCAAAUGAGUUGUUUUAUCUUUUGAAGUGUUUAAUAAACCUGUUCUCUUAA